AUGCUCUCCCUCCCACUCAUCACCCCUCGUGACUCCCACGACCUCUGGUUCGGCUCCUCCCAACCCAACCGCUCCUCCCACCCACACUCCUCCCCCACCGACCACCACCACCUCCGCCGCACAAGCCAGCACCACCACCACAACGGACGCACAUCCACAACGACAAGCGCCCCCGACAACGUCCUCUCCGCGCUGCACCUCGAAGAGCGCGCGCUGCGAGCGCGCAAAAACAACAUCGCCUCGUUCGGAUGCUCGUGGAUUCGGCCUGCAGGAUGUCCCAAGACCAUGCUCGGCAUGAAGGAGGAGGAGGCGGAGAGGGAGGAGGCGCUUGCUGCUGCGGCCGCCGAGAUGGCUGCUGCUGUUGCGGCGGCGGAUCCGGGGGUGGAUGAGAUGGGGGCGCAGGGACAGGGUCAGGCUGGUGGGGACGGGCAGGAUGAUACGGGGAUGGAGAGGGAUUUGGAUGAUGAUAUUCCUGAUGCCGAUGCUGAUGAUGAUGUGGAGGGGCUUGUGGAGGAGGGGGAGGAGGGGCUGGAGGAGGAGGAUGGGGUUGAUGAAGAGGGGUAUAUGGAGAGGGAUUUGGAUGAUGAUAUUCCGGAGGCUUUUCCGGAUGAUGAUGAUGAAGAAGAAGAAGAGGAGGAAGAGGAAGACGAGUUUGAAGAGCACGACUUCAACAACCAGCCCGACCUAGACGACGACAUCCCCAGCGGCGCCGCCGACGACGACGACGACAACGAAAGCAUGGAAGAAGAGGAAGAACAAGGCAUGGACCACGACCUCGACGACGACAUCCCCGAAGCAGCCGAGAACCGCUCCGACCAAGAAGACGAAUGGCAACACACAGACACAGACGCCGAGUUCGACGACGAGGACGAAGAGAUCAGCUUCGCGCAGAGCCUCCGCGCCAGCACAACCAGCAGCCGCGGCGGUCUGCCCCCGCCGCCCCCGUGCGGAGACACCGCGAGACGGAGGCGCAGCGGCGCUUUCUCCAGCGCUGGAGCGGUGGCGGCGAUGCCUUUGAUACGAGCAGUAUGCUUGUCGAUGACGACGAUAGUAAUCUGCGCUCGUCGAUCACCAGCCAGACGAGUCGUCGGGGUACGGGGACGGGUACGGGCACGGGUGCGGGCGCGGGUGCUUUUGGGCGGUUCCCUCGGCGGCGGACGGGGGGCCGAGGGAUAG